ACUGGUCACAUCCGCAGUUCCGAAUCUGGGUCGUCAAAGCGUGGCGCAAGGCCUGAAGGUUAUAUUAUUAGUCUCGUGGCCCUUUUGUAAUCCGGGAUUUGUGGCGUCGCUUGCCCACGUCCUCCGCUUUAAUUGUGACCGGUGAGUACUCUGGUGGGGGGUUGUUUUAUAAUCCCUGCGGCCACCAGGCCACCAUGCGAUAUAUAAAGCCGAACCACUUGCUGCUUUGCAUAUUCGCCCCAUUCGACAUCUACUUGCUGACCGGCUUCAGAUCUACCGAAGAUGGACAGGUUCACUUGCACUUGCACUCCGGCCAUAAGAAUCGCAGAGACCGGACGGUACAUCCUUCCUCAGCAUCACGCCAUUGCGUCCGAACAGCUGGCCGCAAGUUUGCCUGUCGGUGUAUAUCCGCCGGUACGCUUCGGACGGGAUGGUGUCUCCAUCAACGCGAUUAUGCUCGCGGACGAUGACAUGGCUGCGCUGGCCGAUCUCAUACCUGACGGUUCGAAGAAGCCACUAGGUGGCUAUUACGUCGGGGACAUGAACACGAUGGAGCUCAAGGUACAUUGGCCUGGUCAUUAUGAUCGUCGAACGCAAGUUGCGGAGACGCUACCGCUUUGCGCACUGGCACGCGUGGCGGGAGUGACGAAACCAGUACCGUAUACUAAAGCCCAAAUUGCGGCAAAUGUAGCCAAGGUCGUGGUGACAGCAAUGACGCAUUGCCUCCACCACCGCCCUCACGGGCAUGGCUGCUGGUCGGUGAGCGCAGACCAGACACGCGGUCUGACCUGGAGCUCCGUGUACCUUGUGGCCAUCCACCACCGCGGCGGUGAUACCUACCAACCUGAACUCCAUGUUGCUUUGUCCCUGCGUCCUCCUCUCUUCCCGGAACCCAACGUGCGUGCGAUUCAAGGGGCGCCGACGGCGUGCUCUUGUGCUCGGGCACUCAAGGACGAAGAGUCGGGGAUGUACGUCCUUCCUCAGCGCCCCGCCACUAUGAAGCGGUUCAUGGGCGAGACAUGGCCCGCAGGCACUUUUCCCUCGAUCUUCUUUGGACAGAGCGGACCUCUCUCCAUCGAGACGCUCACUAGAUACUCUGCGGAUCAAUUGAAGAGGGUACUGCCGAACAGUCUGGAUAAGCCGUUCGAGGACUGCUAUAAAGACUGGAAGUUGACCAGGAUCAAGGUCAAAGUUCAUUGGCCUGAUCACGACGACAAAGAGACACAUGUCUCGCAUGAUGUACCACUGGCAGACCACGACGGCAGUCAUCAUAUCAACACCAUUCAGCUGGCCAUGGAGGUCGCUUCCACCGUACGUGCUGCCAUUCAUAACUGCAACAUAUAUCGUCCCCAACGUCAUUGCUGUUGGGCUAUCGCCCCCACCGACAGGUAUGGACUCACCAAGCGGUGCAUUUAUUUGGUUGCUCUGCACCACGUGGGCGGCAUCACGUACCAGCCAGAACUUCAUGUCGCACCGUCAGUGCCGCCUUACCAGUUUCCUCCCCCGUUCCCCGUCCCUCCCGAAGAGGUACUGGUGUACCAGGCAGGACCAUGGGUAGAGGUAGGUCGCGGUGCAGGGUCGUCGCGGGUACUGGAUCCCAAGUUGGGGGUUCAGUCACUAUCGAGACCGAAGAAUGAUCGGGCUACGACGUCUAUAUCCGGCGCACCCGCCCCAUGAUACGCAGGCAUGUAUGAUUCUCAGCACGUAUGUACCUAUAGGCUGUAGCUUCUACUAGUACUGGGGCUGCUCAUGCGGAGCGAAUCGAGACCUGAGUCCUGACAAACUCGGAGGGGAAGCUUUGCCCAGGGAGGGACGGUGUAGCAGUAUUCAGUAGGGCUAUGUAACGGGUGUAUCGUAUGUCAUAGAACGUCGUGUACAUAUUAUUUUGCUAUUCUCAACUCAUAUCC